AUGGAAGGUAAAGGACGAGUCGGAUCAUCAACUUCUUCUUCUUUAACCGCAGAACUCUUCGGCUCUAAAGAUCCUUCGCCGCCAUCUUCUUCCUCCGGAAUCUUUUCCUCCAUUUUCCCUCAUCCUUCUAAGGGCGUUGCAAGAGAUGACCCGAGCUACAAACAUGGCUCACAAGCUCAACGUAGAGAAUCUUCAACUGCGCAAGAAGACAGAGUUGAGCCAUGUCAUCUAAGCUCUUCUCUUUACUACGGUGGCCAAGACGUAUACUCUCGAUCCACCACCAACCAAACUUACCCAACAGUAAGAAACGAGCGUCCAAGAAGUGGGGAAGACGAUGCUCAUGGACAGAACUCACAAGAUGUUUCAAGAGGAAACUGGUGGCAAGGUUCACUUUAUUACUAA